GACACGUGAACACCAUUUUAAAUUUUUUUUUCGUUCGUGUCAAAACAAAUAAAUGUGUAAAUAAGUUUUUUUUUUUAAUUAUUUUUAUCUGUGCUAUUUGGACUCGAGUGUUAUAUACAAUGACACAUCUAAAGCUUCAUAUCCAGCUCAUCAUAACAUUACUCCUCAUUACAUCACACUCAAUAUCAUCAGCAUCUACCAAGCCAAAUGCCAGACCAGUCUACGAAGUUAUCAAUGAACAAACAAGAAUGGACGACAAAUCAAAGGUCUCAAACAGUCCUGGAAUACUUCCAUAUGGCAAUCCAUUGGCUGGAAACUCGAAACAGAAUGCGAGACUUCACGCCAGCAACCAACAAGCCAUGUUUAAUGCUGAAAGAAUAAGACAACACAAGGCUCAGUUACAAAGAUGGACGAAAGGUCCUCAAAUCAUUGAUAGCUAUAUGAAAGCGUAUCAUGAAUUACAAGAAAACCAUCAAUUAGAGAUAGAAGAACAACAGGCAACGUUAAAAGACAGUCCUGUAACACCAGCGGUUACGACAAGAGGUCGCCCGCUUAGACAGAGAGGUCAAAAUAAACGAGUACAAAAUAAUGGUGAUAACUCCGCUCAGACGUUGCCUAAUGAACCUUCUAUUUCAUCGAAUAGAGUACAAAAUCAAAGAAAAGAUCUUCCAAGAAGAGGCUCAUCCAUCCAAAGAUCAGAACCCACAAAAAUUACAAAAGCUGAUGCAGGAAUUAAAAAUAUUAGAAGCAGAAAUCAUCGAUCUUACGGUUCUGCUGAUUAUCACCAGUAUUUAGAACCCAAAAGAUAUAAAACAAUAUAUGUGUCACCAGUGCCUUAUAAUAGCCAAGAAGUUACAAUAAAGCCUAAUAGGAACAUUGGCUUAAAUGAUUUUCAAACAAAUGAACCGAGCAAAUUAUAUACAGAAGCAGUACCAAGCGAGGCGGCGCCUGCUUACCCAAAGCGAUAUGGUACACAGAAAUUUGGUUCAGUUCAAGAAAUAGAAGCACUCAAUUCUCUAUUAUCAAAGAAUCCGACGGAACAGUUAUCGACAUUCAAAGCUCUUUUAAAAUCGGAAAAAGGAACAGACGAUAAUAUUGAAAAUGUACCAAUAGAUUAUUAUUUCUACUUAAAGGACCCUACAAAAUAUGCGAGUGCGUACAUGCCAACCAUACCAGUCAAAGAUCACAUACCUAUAACUGAAGAAACCGAUGAUAUUCAAGAUCCUACUAAAAGCAAACGACCAAUAACAUUUUCUCAGCCAACAGUUUCAACAACAGCAACAAAACUUGAAACUGAAACUACCAAAAGCAAUAAUUAUUACAAAGUUGAAGGUGCAAGUCAGGUAAUUUGUGAUGACAGUAAAGCUAGUCAAAUAGACUAUUCAAAUGAUGAUAGAGAUUCAUACCGUGCUAUGCAUUACGGAUAUCAACCUUACAUCAAGGAAGCAGACGCUGACACAAGUGAGAUAUAUUUACACCACAACGCUCAACCCACUGGAGUGCAACAUUUAUCUGAAGACGGUACAGAAACAUCUGCUUAUGGAGAUGAUGACCUCAAAUAUGCAGCUAACUACGAAUUCGGAUACAGAGUUAAAGAUCAAGAUAGCGGCAAUUACUUUGGUCAUCGUGAAGCAAAAAAAGGCGAGAAUACCAAAGGUCAAUACCACGUGCUUUUACCAGAUGGAAGAAUGCAGCAGGUCAAUUACUCAGCAGGACCCGAAGGCUUCCAUGCUGAUAUUACGUAUGAUCACUUACAAUAAUAAAAAUUAUGGCACAAGUCAAAUUAUAAGAAAAACAAAUUUAAAUACGCUUAUGUCGUUUUUAACGCUAUGUGAAGAUUUAUAUAUAAAGAUAAUUCUAUCUAUCUUAUGUAAAGAUUUGAACAUCAGAAAAUAUUUUAGGUAAGUUAAGCUACUAAUAUUAGCUAUUUUAAAUAACGUUGUGAAUAAACUGAAAAGUACAAAUAAAACACAGUGAAAAUAAAUAUUUA